AUGUGGGCGUUGUGGUUCUCGUGCUUUGGCAUGUGGGGCACCGGCACGGUGAUGCAGAUGAACGCCGCCCAGUUUUACCGCAGCAAGAACAACGGCGGAUUUGACACCCGAACUCUGACGCUGUACGUCGCCAUCAUGUCUGUGGGCAGCGCUGUUGGACGCAUCUUCAUUGGGUUGGUCGACAUCAAGCUCCUCGCGCUGCGUGCUGCAGGCAAGUCAGAAAUGCUGUCGACUGUUGCGCUUCCCGUUGGUCCCGUGCUGAUGGUGUUGGCGUACCUCUUCUUUGCCGUCCUGCCCGGGAGCGUGCUGCUCCUUCCUUUUGCGCUCGCCUCCAUAGGUAACGGCAUUGGCUGGGCGGUGGCCGUCAUUGGGGUUCGCAUGAUGUACGCCCGGGAUAUUGGGAAGCACUACAACUUUAUUUACACCUCUGGGGCAGCCGCGACCAUUGCGCUGAACCGCUUCAUGUUCGGGGAGAUGUACGAUGCGGAGGGACGCAAGCGUGGCGAGUUCCCAUCAUGCAACGCCCCCUCGUGUGUGCAGAAGCAAAUGUUUAUCCUGAUGGCCGUCAACUUGCUCUCCACAUUUUCCGCCCUGUUGGUGCACUGGCGAUUUUCGCGCUUCACUAAUGCGCGCCUUGCGGCGGCAAAGGCGGCUGCGGCAGCCCAGCAGCAAUCUAAUAAAGAGGAGCUCGAGGCACAGCCAGUAGAGCCGAGUGAAGGAAUUCAACUGGGUGCGUAG